CAGCAAUGGAACAAUGGGUAGUACAGUGUGACGCAGUGCAAUACGGGCACAGAGCCACUUUUUUGAAGGGUAGGUUGUAAAUGGUAGCGUCGACGCCUCCCCUCCCUUUCGUGUCUGGCCGGAUAUAAUUGCGACUGGACCCCUUGGCCUAACCCCACGUGCUGUCCUAAAUCCAUGAUGAUUUUCCCUACUUCUGUAUCAGAAAUCCAUGUCACAAGCUUAAUUCUUCAUGAUUUUCAAUCAAAAAUUACAAUCUCAUGAAAGUGGCGGUUACUCCACUGGGGAAAAAGUCUUGUUGCAUCCCGGGAAGCUUCCUAUGUGCCAUCAGCCACCCAUCUUCGAUAAUAUCUAUGCAGGGAUUAUUUUUUAAAUUUAAAUUUAAAUUUAUUUUUUAUGUUACGUUAUCUUUAUUGAUACUGUUAAUAAAUGAUUAACAAAAUGGAAAUGUUUUUGAAAGGACGGAAGUAAAAUUGGAUUUUGGGAGGAGCAGAGGUGGAGUGAUUGGGUUUGGGUCCUUGUGACUCUCUUGACUACUUUUGUCUUGAAGAAUUUCGAAUCUGUCUCUCCACCUUUUCAUUUCCGCAGCCUCAUGCUCUGAGAUUAGCGCAAGACGCCAUGUCUGCUCAACCCAAUGCAGACGAGGAGUCCCAGGCCCAACCACUCCUCGACCCUUCCCUCCAUCGAUCACUCUCCAACGUUACUUCCCAGGUCGCUAUUGUUGGCUCCAACGUCUGCCCAAUCGAGAGUCUUGACUAUGAGAUUUACGAGAAUGAUUUCUUCAAACAGGAUUGGAGGAGUCGCGGCAAGGUUCAGAUCUUUCAGUACAUAUUCGUGAAGUGGUUGCUGUGUUUUUUGAUUGGUUUAAUCGUUAGUCUUAUUGGGUUCUGCAACAAUCUCGCUGUCGAGAACCUCGCCGGCGUCAAAUUCGUCAUCACGUCGAAUAUGAUGCUUGUAAAGAGGUAUGGAAUGGCUUUUCUUGUCUUCUUCUCUUCCAAUUUUGUUCUCACUCUGUUUGCCUCGAUCAUCACGGCUUUUAUAGCUCCGGCAGCAGCCGGUUCGGGCAUUCCGGAAGUGAAGGCUUACUUGAAUGGUGUGGAUGCACCAGGAAUAUUUACUCUGAAAACUCUACUUGUUAAGAUUGUUGGUAGCAUUACAGCCGUGUCAUCAUCUCUUCUUAUUGGGAAGGCUGGGCCCAUGGUCCAUACUGGUGCAUGUGUGGCAGCAUUGCUGGGUCAGGGUGGGUCUAGGAAAUAUGGUUUAACUUGGAGAUGGCUACGCUACUUCAAGAAUGAUAGAGACCGACGAGAUUUUGUAACAUGUGGAUCAGCUGCUGGAAUUGCUGCUUCUUUCCGUGCUCCUGUUGGUGGUGUGUUGUUUAGUCUUGAAGAAAUGGCAUCUUGGUGGAGAAGUGCCCUUCUAUGGAGAUGUUUCUUCACAACAGCAGUAGUUGCAAUUAUGCUUCGGGCUCUGAUUGAUGUUUGCUUAAGUGGAAAAUGUGGCCUAUUUGGUACAGGGGGUUUGAUAAUGUUUGACGUCACCUCACAAAAUACUACAUAUCACAUAAAGGAUGUGCCUCCUGUGCUUGUUCUAGGAGUUAUAGGGGGUCUGUUGGGAAGUUUAUAUAAUUUUCUUCUUGAGAAGGUCCUCCGAAUUUACAGUUAUAUUUAUGGGAAAAAGCCUAUUUACAAAAUAAUUCUUGCUUGCUCAAUCUCUGUUUUCACAUCUUGUCUUCUAUUUGGAUUACCAUGGCUUGCAUCCUGCCAACCUUGCCCAAUUGAUGCAUCAGAAGCUUGUCCUACAAUAGGCCGGUCUGGUAACUACAAGAAGUUCCAGUGUCCUCCUGGUCACUACAAUGAUCUAGCCAGUCUUAUUUUCAACACAAAUGAUGAUGCCAUAAAAAAUCUUUUCAGCAAAGACACUGAUUCGGAGUUCCAAUACUCAUCAAUUCUUAUAUUUUUUGCCACCUGCUUUUUUCUCAGUAUCUUUAGCUAUGGUAUUGUGGCUCCUGCGGGUCUAUUUGUACCUGUUAUUGUGACAGGUGCAUCUUAUGGACGUUUCGUUGGAAUGUUAGUUGGUUCACACUCGAAUCUUAACCACGGCCUCUUUGCUGUGCUGGGCGCUGCAUCUCUUCUUGGUGGAUCUAUGAGGAUGACAGUUUCCUUGUGUGUCAUUAUCCUAGAACUGACCAAUAAUCUCUUAUUACUUCCCCUGAUAAUGGUGGUUCUUCUUGUUUCCAAAACUGUAGCUGACGCUUUUAAUGGAAAUGUUUAUGACAUUAUUAUGAAAUUGAAGGGAUUUCCUUACUUAGAAGCACAUGCCGAGCCAUACAUGAGGCAGCUGACAGUUGAGGAUGUAGUCACGGGUCCACUUCAGCUCUUUAAUGUCAUUGAGAAGGUUGAAAAUAUAGUACAUGUUCUCAGAACUACAGGACAUCAUGGAUUCCCUGUGAUUGAUGAACGUUCACAUUCUGAAUCACCAGUUUUGUUUGGUUUAGUCCUCCGUGCCCAUCUUAUUGUAUUGCUUAGGAAGAAAGCUUUCUUAACCACUGCUGUUCGAGCAGACAGUGAUGCCUUUAGGCACUUCUCAGCUAUGGAUUUCACAAAGAGGGGAUCAGGCAAUGGUGACAAGAUAGAGGAUAUAGAACUGACCGAAGAAGAGAUGGAGAUGUUCAUAGAUUUGCAUCCAUUUUGCAAUUCUUCGCCAUAUACUGUUGUGGAGACAAUGUCAUUAGCAAAGGCUCUCAUACUUUUCCGAGAAGUUGGCUUAAGACAUCUGCUGGUGAUCCCCAAGAUCUCUAAUGUAAGAAAUUUUAACCUUUCUGUUGGCCUUAGUUUUUCUUCUUAUGCCCAGAGAUUAGAUAAUGGAAGGCACCUGUACUGCAUGGCACUGCAUUGCACUUAUACACUACAUAAUACAUAUACAAUGUCACUAUUAAUUUGUGCACAUACACAAUUUGGUGAAUUUUCACUUCUGGAGUCUCAUAUAAGCGCCUUGUUCGGCUUCCUAUUGCAGUGUCCAUGCACACUAACAAAGCAUUUGGUAAUUUAAAAAUUUAUCCGCACUUAACCAAAAUCCAUGACUAAUUUCCAAUAUGCCUUUUUCUAACAGGACUUACUUUCCCCCCAUUGUUUUAUGACUUCCGUGAAAUUUCCAAGUUCUUGCUGAAAUUUUCAUCAUCAACCAUGUCUUUAUGCCAAGGAACUCCCCAGACCCAAAUCUGUCAUACUAACUUGGCAUUCAGUAGGCUUUAUAUUGAAUAGAACCUGUUUUUCCCAAUAAGAUGUCCUCUGUUUAGCCAUUUGGAAAAAGGGAAAAUGUUAAAAUUUCCUCCCAUUGGAUUCAUUUACUAACUGCAUGUAUAUGCACAUGCUUCUUAAUUGCAGAGGUCUCCAGUAGUGGGUAUAUUGACGAGACACGAUUUUAUGCCAGAACAUAUUCUGGGUGUGCAUCCUCUGCUGGUAAGGAGCAGGUGGAAAAGAAUAAGAUUUCAGCUUCCUCGUUUUCUAAAACUCUUUUGAGGCAUCCUGGAGGAGCAUCAGAGCUUGCUGUCACAAACUAUUUGUAGAUAGUGUUGAUUGAGCUGCACAAGAUUGCACAAUCAUUGCUGGGAUCAUCACCUUCAUUAUUUCUUUUUCAUUUCAUUAAUGGAAAUACUGAGCAGGAAUUGACUAGGACAAGGCAUGUUAGAUCAUCAGGCUGUUUUUUGUUUAAUCAGACGAUCAUCGGGCUGUUUUAAGCAACAUAAUUGGGUGAAGUGUUUGUAUAAGGAUGAUCUAUUACUCAUAUCAAGCCCUGGUGAAACGUUUGGAACUUAUCUUAUACUAGAUUUACUAGAUUUAUUAUUAAUGCCAUCUUGUUUACCAAGAAAAUUAUUGUUAA